AUGCAAGAGGUCGAAGAUGGCCUCACCCACCAGAAGGAAGAGUUCGCCAUAAAAAUCCAAGGGCUGGCAAUGAGGCGCGAGGAGUUGGCGAGGAAGGAGGGGAGGUUGCGGGAGAGUUUGGGAAAGUUUGAUAAGUUUCUGAAGGAAAACGACGCAAAAAGAACCCGCGCCCAAAAAAAAUCCCUUGACGAACGGAGAGUCCGCGAACAGAAGGAGGACGAGAUCACCGUCCUCCGUACCAACAUGGCCGAGUUGACCGACGUGCGGGAGAGGCAGGGGCGAAGUGUCGAGACCAAUUUGGCAUACCAACGUUAUCUAGAACUCCUCCUCGAAACCGUCGAGGAGUUCAGCGAAGUCAAGGACAUCAUCGCGCGGUUCGACACCCUCGCCGCGACCAACAGCGCCCUCCUCGACCGUGCGCGCGAGGCGCAGGAACGCACCGAACGUGACCGCUCCGGGUUUGUUCAUAGCACCGAGGAAAAGAACACAACAAUCCUAAACCAAAACAACGAAAUCGCAAAACUCCAAUCCAAACUCGAACACCUCCAAUCCCGCACAACGAAACUCCAAUCCGAAUGCGAUCAGACUAUCAACAACGCCACCCAGAAAUCCCUCCUAUUAGGCCAGAUCAAAAUGGCAACGAAUAAUUUGUUCCAAUUGGUGAAGAGCCACGUCAAUAACCGGCUCGUGGCAACGGGGAGCACCGUGGUGCAGCUGGAGAAGAUCCAGCAGUUUAUUUUGGAUUUGACGAAUAUUACGAGUGAUAUGGGGGGGAGGGGUGGUGGGGGAGGUGGGGGAGGGAUGGGUGUUGUGUGA